UACGCAUAAAGGUACAUGGCAGUCAUGGCACGCUUGGCAACAGAUGGAGCUCAAUUUGAUGCUCGACAAUUCGAUUCUAAGAUGAAUGAUUUACUUGCCGCUGAGGGAAAAGAUUUCUUUACUUCAUAUGACGAGGUUUAUGACAGUUUCGAUGCUAUGGGUCUGCAAGAAAAUCUUCUCAGGGGCAUUUAUGCUUAUGGUUUUGAGAAACCAUCUGCCAUUCAGCAAAGGGGUAUUGUACCAUUUUGCAAGGGACUUGAUGUAAUUCAACAAGCUCAAUCUGGCACAGGGAAGACAGCUACUUUUUGCUCUGGAAUUUUGCAGCAACUUGAUUAUGGUUUAAUUCAAUGCCAAUCAUUGGUGUUGGCACCUACUCGGGAACUUGCACAGCAGAUUGAGAAGGUAAUGCGAGCACUUGGUGACUAUCUUGGGGUUAAGGUCCAUGCUUGUGUAGGUGGAACUAGUGUCAGGGAGGAUCAACGUAUUCUCGCAGCUGGUGUUCAUGUUGUUGUUGGCACCCCUGGACGUGUGUUUGACAUGUUGCGAAGACAGUCCCUCCGUCCUGAUUGCCUCAGAAUGUUUGUGCUAGACGAGGCUGAUGAAAUGCUGUCACGAGGUUUUAAGGAUCAGAUAUAUGAUAUUUUCCAAAUGCUGCCUACCAAAGUUCAAGUAGGAGUGUUUUCUGCGACCAUGCCACCAGAAGCCCUUGACAUCACAAGAAAGUUCAUGAAUAAGCCUGUGAGAAUCCUGGUUAAACGCGAUGAAUUGACACUCGAGGGUAUCAAACAGUUCUAUGUCAAUGUUGAUAAGGAGGAAUGGAAGCUUGAGACGCUCUGUGAUCUAUACGAGACACUUGCCAUCACUCAGAGCGUUAUCUUUGUGAACACUAGGCGCAAGGUCGAUUGGUUAACGGACAAAAUGAGAAGCCGUGACCACACGGUUUCAGCUACACAUGGAGAUAUGGACCAGAACACUAGAGACAUAAUCAUGCGUGAGUUUCGUUCUGGUUCUUCCCGUGUCCUUAUCACAACUGAUCUGUUGGCCCGUGGUAUCGAUGUACAACAAGUAUCCCUUGUUAUCAACUAUGAUCUCCCAACUCAGCCGGAGAAUUAUCUCCAUCGUAUUGGAAGAAGUGGAAGGUUUGGAAGGAAAGGAGUUGCAAUCAACUUUGUGACAACAGACGACGAAAGAAUGUUGUUUGAUAUUCAAAAAUUCUACAAUGUGGUCAUCGAAGAACUCCCUUCAAAUGUUGCUGACCUCCUCUGAAAACUUCAUCUUUAUAAGGUGAGUAAGAAGAUAAUUUUCCAAGCUUAUAGUAUAGAAAUCAUUUUAAACUACCAUUAUUAUCUAGCAUCGAAAACGCACCCGUGGCAUUAAUGUUGCUAAGAAUUUUGCAGUCAGUAUGUAGUAAGGUCUUGGUUUUAUUUCAUUUCCAAAUUCUUAUACUUCU